AUGGCAGAUUAUUCUAACCUCCCAGACUUCGAUUCGCUCCCCAAGGUCGAGGGCAUGCCCCAGGGUUGUGCCUGGGGUGUCUUCGACAAGGAUGGCAAGAAGGAUCACCUUGGCUGCGUCAACCUUUUGACCCCGAAAGUCGUGCAAGAGGCCCUCAAGGAAGCUCGCGACGGCGUCUCCAUAUCCCUCAACUGGCCCAUUGGCGCCAUCAACAAGCCGGGCUUCGCAAGAAAGGGCUUGGAACACAAGGUCUUCUCCUUCAAGGAAGGGCCUUUUGACCUGCACGGUUUCGACGACGAAGUCGAAUUCAACACGCAGUGCUCCUCGCAAUGGGACGGUUUGAUCCACUACUGCCAUCAGCCCAGUGGCUGCGGCUACAAUGGCGCCAAACCGACCAAGGACCAGCUGAUUCAGGCCUUUGGCAACGCUGACCUUGACAAGACCAUCCCCACGUUAAACCAUUGGCACGACCGUGGCGGGCUUGUAGGACGGGGCGUCCUCCUCGACUAUCGCGCCUACGCUGAAGCCAAGGGAAUCAAGUAUGACUGCUUUGACGCGCACGCCAUCACGGUGCAGGAUCUCGAAGCCGUGGCGGCUCACCAGGGCACAAAGUUUAAACACGGCGACAUCCUGAUCGUCCGCUCCGGGUUUACGGAGGACCUUGGGGCAGCCCCAGCCGAAGAGCAGGAACGCAUGCUAGGCACCCACAAGGCAGUGGGCGUCAAAGGGUGCAAAGAGACGGCCAAGUGGGUAUGGAACCACCAUUUCGCUGCGGUCGCGGGAGACGCGAUUGCGUUUGAAGUGCUCCCUCCCUCGAUCGAGGAGGAUGGUGACCGGCCAGGCACGAUUGCAGAACUUGUUCUCCAUCAAUACUUCCUCUCCCUCUUCGGCCUCAACAUCGGCGAACUCUGGGACCUCAAGGCCCUCGGCGCACACUGCAAGAAGAUCGGCCGGUACGAGUUCCUCUUGACGAGCGUGCCUUUGAACGUGCCCGGCGCAGUCGGAAGCCCGCCGAAUGCUCUUGCGAUCUUCUAG